AAUUUUGCUGAAGCGCCGUGUAGGUAUCGACCGAAGAAAAAAAUACGUCCUCUCUAUAUUCUUGUAAAAGACAAGAUAAUAUAAGUUGGCAAGCAUUAUUAAAAGGUCAACGUUGCCAGAAUUACUACCACUUUAGCUUGUUGGUUAGGAACGAGUUGUAAAAUAAACGUAUCUCGAUAUUCUCAAUUAGGAAGGAUGUCGAAACCCAUAGUAUUUGUGACAGGUAAUGCAAAAAAACUUGAAGAAUUUAUUGCUAUUCUGGGAAAGAACUUUCCUCGACAAAUAACGAGUAAUAAGAUCGAUCUGCCCGAAUAUCAAGGAGAGAUAGAUGACAUUUGUCGAGACAAAUGUCGAGCAGCAGCAAAGUUAGUAAAGGGUCCGGUAAUAAUUGAAGACACGUGUCUUUGUUUCAAUGCAUUAGGAGGUCUUCCAGGACCGUACAUUAAGUGGUUUCUCGAAAAACUGGGCCCGGAAGGUCUUCAUAGAAUGCUUAACGGAUGGGACGAUAAAUCGGCAGAAGCAGUUUGCACAUUCGCUUAUUGUUCCGGCAACGAUGAGGUUCUUCUAUUCCAAGGUCGAACUCAGGGCACUAUUGUGAGUCCACGGGGACCUAGAGACUUCGGUUGGGAUCCUUGUUUUCAGCCCGUGGGUUACGAGAAAACUUAUGCGGAAUUGCCGAAAGAAGAAAAGAAUAAAAUUUCCCACCGCAGCAAAGCACUCGGAAACUUAAAAGAUUAUUUUAUGAAUAAUGAGAAACAUUAAUUUAUUUUAUAUUUGUGUGUGUAUACGUAUAUAUAUUGAUAAAAUUAUCAUACCUCUCACAUGAAUCUUUUAUUCGCAAAAACAUUUUCCUGCUUUCUUUUGCACCUU